CCCCCUCCCUGAAGGGCCUGGCCAAGCCCUAGGGAAGCUCCACCCUCUGCAGCCCCUGAGCUCCCCGCACCUGUGAAGCCCAAAGGGCCAGGCCCAGUGGGCUGGGGGACACAGGGCAGGCCAUGCACCCAGGCACCUGGGCCCCUGACUCUGUGUCCGUGGUGACUCGUCUUUUCUCCAGAUGCCAUGAACCGCUUUCGGAACAUGAGGCGCAUGGAGCCAUUCCAGGGCCCCUCAAAAUGGGUCCCCACUCUGGGCGAGCUGCAGAAGACCCUCCAGAAGGGCGAGUACCUGCCCCUCCGCCCGCUGCCCAUGUUCGAGAGUAACUUUGUCCAGGUGACCAAUCGAGGGGCCCCCGUGUACGUGCACCACAGAACCAACCGCCUGACCAUGGGUGUGGCCGCCUCCCUGCCAGGCCUGGUACUGCCUGACAUCCUGCUGAUCGCUCAGCCCCCAGAGGGCAAGGAGUGCUCCAACCUCGUCCUCACCAGGAUGCUCCCGCUGGACCUGGCUCACCUCUACGUGCAUGAUCUGUCUGCCUGGCGUCUGAAACUGCGCCUGGUCACGGGCCGCUACUACUACCUGGAGCUGGACGCCCCUGAUAAAGAGGUUGGCUUCCUGUUUGACCGCUGGAUCCGUCUCAUCAACCUGCUCCAGGAGCCUGCCACAACCUGGGCCCCCAGGACUCUGAAUACACCCACCACGGACCUGGCCCAUGUUGUACCUCCUGCCUCCACCUGGCGCCUCCAGGCCCAGCCACAGUCCAAACGUUCAGUCAUGAUUGUCGAGCCCACCUUUCCUUACAAGUUGCUGGCAUCUCAGAGACAGAAGAAGGCCAAGACUCUCAAGCGCAAAUUCAAGUCUCAGGCUGUGGGCGAUUCUGUGCCUCUCAUAUGGUCACAGAUGGAGCAUGCUAAAGCUAAAAAGAAAUCUGCAGAAAAGUCCCAACCACACCUCCACCCAGACAGAUCUCAGACCCAAAUCCAGAUUUCCGAGAAGCCCAGCAUCACCAUCCGUACCAUCUUCAGCAUCAUUUCCAAUACCAUCAACCACACACAGUCCUCUUCUAAGCCUUGCUCUUCUGACUCUGACCUGGGCACAGUCCUGGGAGGUCUAGUUGAGACCCCUGUACGCUGUAUCUCGGAGGAGAGCGCUGGUCCUUCCUUGGCGGGCUCCUAUGAAAACUUGGACCCGUACCUGUGGCAGCAGGAUAUCGAACACCUGAUAGAUCCUGAUUCCAGCACGCUGUCAUCUUCCUCCUUUUCCCCAGCCCCAGGCCCUCCGGCCUUCUACCUCCGUGCCCCCUACUCCUCCUUCCGCAAGCACAAGGAAAGGCCCCGGGUCCCGGGAUCUGGGCAGAGGCAGCGGCUGCCACCCUCCCAGAAGACCCAGUCUAUCCGUGCUACCUCUUGGAAGGUUCCAUUCAUCCUUGACCAAUCCAAGAAGGUCUCGGCAGCGCAUGCUCCAACCCAGAAGACCUCAACUGGUGCUGGCCCAUCCCGGAGGGUCCCAGUGGCACCUGUUGCUUCUCAAAAGGCACCUGUCACACGGGGCCCGUCUCGGAAGGUGCCCCCUGCAUUGGCUACUUCCCAGAAGGCCCCCACAAUACACGGCUCAGCCCGGAAGGCCCCACCUGCACCAGCCAUUUCCCGGAAGGCCCCAGUUGUAUCUGUCCCAUCUCGGAAGGCCCCACCUGGGUUGGCUAUUCCACAGAAGGCUACAGCCAUACCUGUCCUAUCUCAGAAGGCCCAACCCAUACCUGCUUUGCCCCCAAAGACUGCGCCCCACACUGUCCGAAACAGGAAAUCUUUGUUCCUCCCUACGCCAUCUCAGAGGGCUCUGAUCUCUCCCACUCAGGACCAGGGGACCCUGGAUGAGGUUGAUUUGGGCAUGUUGCCCAGAUUAGGUUCUAUGAGGAAUGUGCCUAAGAGAAGCAAGCGAGAAGGGAUGCCAGAGCCCAUGAUGUUUGUAAGCACCCAUGAGAUGGACCUGGUAGAGACGAGGACCAAGAAAACCUCCCUGGAGCUGCCUUUCACUACCACAGAGAGGGAGUCAUCGGAGGUGGUGAUCAGCAAAGCCCAUGAGAUCAACGUGGACGGCCUGAAAGGCAGGAGCUGGUUGGAAGACAAAGUGCAGAGGAAGAAGGAGGAGAGGGCUCUGGACAUUCCUGGCUUCAAGUCCAAGGAGAUGAGGCAGCAGCACAAGUGGCUCAAGACUGAGGAGCUGACCAUUGAGGGACCCCCGGAAGAGCAGAGCAGGCCCUUCUCAGUGGAGGGGCUCACCCUUGCCAAGCUGAUUAUCAUGGCCAACUCCAAAGAGCCGCCCCAGAGACCACCUGUAGUCCGUCUGCCCUCCUGGCUCUCGGUCGCCCAGGUGUCUGCCAUGCCAACAGAGAGUACGGUGCCCACCAAGCCCCAUAAAGAGCCCCCAGCAGAGAAGACACCUGUGGUGGCUAAGGAGAAGCCCCCAGUGCACACCUGGGUGCCCCCACCAGAGAAGACACCUGUGGUGGCUAAGGAGAAGCCCCCAGUGCACACCUGGGUGCCCCCCCCAGAGAAGACACCUGUGGUGGCUAAGGAGAAGCCCCCAGUGCACACCUGGGUGCCCCCACCAGAGAAGACACUUGUGGCAGCUAGGGAGCAGUCCCCAGUGCGUAGCUGGGUGCCCUCGCCAGAGAAGACACCUGUGGCGGCUAAAGAGCAGUCCCUGUUGGACAGCUGGGUCUCCUCAUCGGAGGGCACAUCUGUGGAGGCUAAGGAGCAGUCCCCAGUGCGCAGCUGGGUGCCCUCAUCGGAAGGGACACCUGUGGCCGCUAAGGAGCAGUCCCCGGCACAAAGCUGGGUGCCCUCAUCGGAGGGGACACCUGGGGUGGCUAAGGAGCAGUCCCCAGCACGCAGCUGGAUAUCCUCGUUGGAGGGGGCACCUGGGGCAGCUAGGGAGCAGUCCCAGGUGAGCCCCUGGGUGAAGGGGAAAAUGCAUGAGUGGGCAGAGAAGAGCAAGCAUUCCUGGGUAGAGCAGGAAGCAAAGGUGGAGAGGUCAUCCCAGGACUCAACGGGACCUUCCGAAGUGUACUAUCUCCAUGAGCUGGAAUCCAGCAGCCGUAACACAGACACAGCCUCCCCACCUCCCAUCCCUCUGCCUGCAUCAGAGUGGGAGAGUACACCCCAGUCGCCCAUGUCACUGAGCCCCAUCUCAAAGAUGGAGCCUGGGAUAUCCUCAGAGUCCAGCGUACCUCAAGAGCCCCAGGAGCUCAAAGAGAUGUCAGACCAUAGCCCUCUGACCAUCACCGACUUGUCCUCAGAGGUCUUGCCCUCACCCUUGGAAGCUGAGAGUGUGACAGACGUAGCAACCAGUGGGGAGAAGACAGAUGAAUUGGAUGCCUUUAGUCCUUCAGCCAGCAUGCACAGUUGGGAAAGCCCUCAAUAGCAGGAUUCCGAGGACUCCAUCUCAGUUACCAAAGUGUCCAAAGGAGCCCAGCCUGGCCAGGCCCCUAGAGUGCUUGCACCUCUACCGUAAGAAGCAGGGUGCCGAAAAGGCCAGGCGGGGGGAUGCUCCCUCUCCGGUAGAGACCAGAGCUAUCUAUACGUUUAUAUAUUGGGGGGCGGGGGGCGGGGCAGGGGAGAGCCGGCGGG